UACAGUUAAAAAUUUUAAAAUUUAUUGCCUCAAUCCCACCAGUGCUCAACACUUAAAUGCUACUAAUGCCUACCACUUCACAUGGUUUUAGAUAGAAUAUUUCCAUCAUUGCAGAAAGUUCUGUUGGACAGGAUGAAAUUCUCUUAGCGACACCUUGAAGUGAAGUUAAAAAACACAACUUAUGUUUGAGUCCUAUUCUUAUGAAUUUGAGCAAGUUAUUUAUAUUCUGUGCCUCAGUUUCUUAAUCUAUAAAGUGGAGAUGUCAGACACUACCUGCCAUUACAAGUAGUGAGUAAACAAUGACUGAUCUUUCCACCAGCCCAGUAUCCAAGCUAUUGGUAACUUCCAUUAUGCUGGUUGUUGGGAGUGACCUUAUCCCUGUCUCAGAGAGACUUGGGGGCCAGUGGAAGUGUUGAGUAUGUAAAUAAAGAGGUGCAUUGAAGUGUUUCAUGUUCACUAAUGGAAGUCAGUGGGAGCCCACAGUGGGGUGUCUUUAUGGAAGAGGAUGCCAAGAAAAGUUUGAGAAGGGUUGGGCUUUGCUGAGUUUUGAAAAGUUUCUUCUAUAUGGCCAAAAGGGGUCUCUUGAAACAGGACAAGGUAGUGUUUAAAGGAAGGAGGGGUUGGGGGUGGGGACAACUUGGACUGCUAUCAUCCCCUUUAUGACAUUACCUCUGUGACCUGCCCCUCCUGUCUUGCAGAAUUAGGUGUGCCCUUCUGUGGGGCACAUGGCCAUAGCCUAGCUUUACAGUGAUUGUUGCCCACGUGAAGGUGCGGUGAAGCUGGACAUCCACUAGAGUAUGGCAGCUGCUCACUCAACCCUCACAGGACAGCAAUGCCUGGCACCUAGCCCACCACCUAGCACGUGGUCUUCGCUGAAUACUGUGGAAUAACUGAAGCCCCAGGAAGCGCUGGAUAAGGAGUCAGGACCCUAUUAGAAACUGGCAGGGCAGCCAGUGCUCUAUGCUUCCAGCUUCAGUGCCCCAUUCAUGAAGGGUGUGGGGCAGGUUCUCUCGUCCUUUGGCGAGGAUUCUCCAAGGCGUCUCAACACAUGGGCCGGCUCAGAAACGCCAAGAUCCACGUGGAGAGAGCUGUCAAGCAGAAGAAGAUCUUUAUGAUCCAAGGUCGCUACCCUGUGAUCCGGUGCCUCUUGCGCCAAAGGGGCUGGGUGGAGAAGAAGAUGGUCCAUCACUUGGGUACCACUUUGCCACAGCCGCACAAGGAUCUGGACAGCUCAGUAAUGGGUGACAGUGACACGACUGAGGAUGAGGAUGAAGAUGAGGAGGAGGCAUUCCGGCCACCACAGCUGUUUGACUUCGAUGAGUUAUUGGAAUUUGAUGACCUACAUGGGACACAUGCUCUGAUGUCACGUAUGGUUCGGAACGAGAUCCCCUACUUCAUCUGGACUACUCGUCGGGACAUCCUGGACUGUCGCUUCCUCUCCAAGGAUCAGAUGAUAAACCACUAUGCUCGGGCAGGCUCCUUUACCACAAAGGUGGGUCUGUGUCUCAAUCUCCGGAAUUUGCCGUGGUUUGAUGAGGCUGAUGCCGACUCCUUCUUCCCGCGCUGCUACCGCCUGGGGGCUGAGGAUGACAAAAAGGCCUUCAUAGAGGACUUCUGGCUGACAGCUGCCCGCAACGUUCUCAAGCUGGUGGUAAAGUGCGAGUGGAAGUCAAACUCUGUCGAAGAAGAAGAGGCCCCAAGAGACAAGCAGCCGAGGAAACAGGAGAAAAAGCCAGCGUCGGUGUCCCCAGAGUUUGUGGAUGAGGCUUUGUGUGCCUGCGAGGAGCACCUUAACAACCUGGCGCAUAUGGACAUCGACAAGGACGUGGAGACCCCGCUCUACCUGAGCCCCGAGGGCUGGUCCCUCUUUCUCCAGCGCUACUACCAAGUGGUCCACGAGGGGGCAGAACUCAGGUACCUCGACACUCAGGUCCAGCGCUGUGAGGACAUCCUGCAGCAGCUGCGGGCUGUGGUGCCCCAGAUGGACAUGGAAGGAGAUCGCAACAUCUGGAUCGUGAAGCCAGGAGCCAAGUCCCGUGGACGAGGUAUCAUGUGCAUGGACCACCUGGAGGAAAUGCUGAAGCUGGUGGACUGCAACCCCAUGAUGAUGAAGGACGGCAAGUGGGUGGUGCAGAAGUAUAUCGAGCGGCCCUUGCUCAUCUUUGGCACCAAAUUUGAUCUGAGACAGUGGUUCCUGGUGACCGACUGGAACCCACUUACCGUGUGGUUCUACCGUGACAGCUACAUCCGCUUCUCCACACAGCCCUUCUCCCUGAAGAACCUGGACAACUCUGUGCACUUGUGCAACAACUCCAUCCAGAAGCACCUGGAGAAUUCAUGCCACCGGCACCCGCUGCUGCCCACAGACAACAUGUGGUCAAGCCAGAAAUUCCAGGCCCACCUGCAGGAGACGGGGGCCCCGAACGCCUGGUCCACGGUCAUGGUGCCCGGCAUGAAGGCCGCCGUGAUCCACGCCCUGCAGACCUCCCAGGACACCGUGCAGUGUCGGAAGGCCAGCUUCGAGCUCUAUGGUGCUGACUUUGUGUUCGGUGAGGACUUCCAGCCCUGGCUGAUCGAGAUCAAUGCCAGCCCCACCAUGGCACCCUCCACGGCUGUCACUGCCAGGCUCUGCGCCGGUGUGCAGGCCGACACCCUGCGUGUGGUCAUCGACCGGCGACUGGACCGCAACUGUGACACAGGGGCCUUCGAGCUCAUCUACAAGCAGCCUGCCGUGGAGGUGCCCCAGUAUGUGGGUAUCCGGCUUCUAGUAGAGGGCUCCACCAUCAAGAAGCCCCUGGCGAUGUGUCACCGGCGGAUGGCGGUCCGCCCAGCCCUCCCUCACCUGCUGGCCCCGAGAGGCCCUGGGGAAAGCAAGGACUCAGGAAGCCCCGCCCACAGGUCAGCUUCUAGGAAAGUUGCUGGGGCCAGAAGCCUGGGGCACACUGAGAAGCCAGAUCCCACUGCCACCACCUCAGCCCCUGGAAAGGGGAAGAAAGGCAAGGCGAGAAGUGCCACAGCCCAGGGCCGCCCCAGUCUCCGGAAGUGGGACACCCCCAGCACGAGGAUGGGCUGCCUUUUUACCAUGACCUUAGCUAGCAGGGACAGGCAUCCCCACUCUUUGAACAGAUCGCCAUUGAGUCUGAAGAACCCGCAGGCCCUGAGUAAGACCCUUCCCCCCAAACACCCCAGGGCCUCAAGACAACAUUUCCCUGUUCUCCAAGCCCCUCCUGACCACCUGGGUUUGCCCCCACCCACAGCCCCACCAGAGAGUCACCGGUAGUAAGUAAAAGCCACUGCUUACAAAGUAUUUUUAAAAACUGCACGACUGAAUGACUGUGAUCCACCGCCCACAAAGUAGUCACGUGGCGAGGCAGCUGUACUCAUUUUGAAGAUGCCAGGCUCAGUCCCAGGUUGAUCUCACUCCAGAGCCUCAACUUUUCCUGCUGCAGUAUUCUGUCUCUGCUGCCGUGCAAAGUUGCCUCUGGGGGAAAGGAACUAAUAUCUGUACAGCACAAAACAGUUUAAACUGUGUCACUACCGGACCAGCUCCUUUAGUUCUCACAGCCUAGUGAGGGAGGUGCUAUGAUCCCCAUUUUCCAGCCGGGGUAUCAGGAAGUGUAAGGAAGUUGCCCGAGGUUGCACAGCUCAGAAGGGGCAGAGCUGGGAUGCAGACCCAGGUCUGUUGGACUUCAUGGCCUGUGUCCUUCCCAUGGCCUCUGGAGAAGGAACGGGGUGGGCUCCAUCUGCCCUCAUCUCCCCCUGCCUCCCCGCCCUCCACGCACACCUCGAGGGGCAGCUGGUCAGCCUCAGCCCCUCCCCAGCCCCUCACGGCCCCUCUUGCUCCCACAGCCCCUUACCACUUCACAAGCCUCCACAGCAAGGCCCAGCUGCCUACUCCCCAUGUGCCCUGGCCCCAGGGGCAGGUCCUCAGACUACAGCACAGCAAGCUGGCGGGCACUAAGGCCCUGUCAACCACAGACAAGGCCUUGAUGACUCUACCAACCGCCAAGGUUUUGAUUUCCCUCCAACCUAACCCUGAGCUCAAGCUGGCACCCAACGCCCUGAAACCAAAAAAGGUGGGCCUCAAACCGUGACCAGUAUCCCGCUGGGCAGUGCUGGCUACCCGGGUCAGGGCUGGAGGGCACAGGCAGAGGGUAGCCCCCAGGCUGGCCUGUGCC